UUGCUUGGGCAUUGCUACCAUACUACCUUAACUUAAAGUCAUUUUACUUUCAGAUACUGACGGAAUAACUGAAACAUGAGGCAGUUCGUUGAUCGGUGCUUUUCUAUUCUUGUUCUUCUCUGUCUUCCGUCGUUACUUGUGAGCAUCCAAAGUAGAAAAUCAAACUGUACGUUUCCGGAAUUUCUGGAAAGGGAAAGGUUAUGGCGCAGUGGGACGGAUCGUCACGACUCCGAAACUAUGUACUUCAAUGGAGAUUAUAUCGACAUAAUGCAAAAUGAUCUACGCUUUGAAAAACGAUGUCAUGAGAUGAUAAACCGUGAAAAAGGAAUUUACUUAGUGGCUCACCUUCCUAAACAAGGUGGUGUUAAUGUUCGGAUAUCAUAUUCUUGUAUUCAGUUUCUUAAAAGAUCGGACUCUGUUGUUCAGAUAAGAGAAUCUAACGCAUCAGAAUUUACACUUUCAAUUUGUAAUGAGCAAAACAUGAUACUGAAAAAUCGUCCCAUCAUCAAGUUUCCUUUAGAGGAUAACCCGUCUAUAAAAUGUCCUUUUUCUGGAGGUUAUAAUUUAAAAACCACUUACAAGAUGGAAUUAGUAUGUGGAUUUUCUGUUAUCCCUCCUCGAAUGGAAAGCGAAUGCGAGGAUGGGGACGGCGUGACACUUGAUUUUAGAACAAGGGAGUGUAACCUGGAUGACGUCCACGGACUGAAAGAGAAACUAAGAUGUUUGGCAUCAUGGACCGACAAAUCAGCGGAAAAUAAUUACACUUUUGUGGUUUUAGCAGAUGACCAGAGGUACAUGUAUCCAUUGUGUAUGAGACUUGAAGGAAAUUUGUCUGAUUUAAAAAGAGCCACCAUUUUCCGUGAUGGUAAAUGUGUGGUCAACGACAGAGAUAGCUACUCGCAGACGAUAGAAAGGGUGAAUUUAGAAUUCGAAAAGAUGGUAGUUUUAAAUCUCUGCGAAAACGAGUUUGACUAUUGCUCCCAAGAAUCAGCUUGCUCCAAGUAUCAAAAAUAUUGUCACAAAUCAUGUCGAGGCUGCCAACCUGAAACAAACGUCUGUUCUUUUCCUGAGGGUUUGAAAGGAGCUUGGCACACCGAUCUGAAAUCAAAACCAAUUGUCAUGGAUAUAUCUACAUAUAACUUGCAAUUGCCAGGUGAUGGUAACUUUAAGUGUGUUGGAAGAGCCAACUCAACAAGGGAAAGGGUUUACCGGCUAGCUUUGCUACACAUUUUCGAAAAUGGUUGUUUUCCUAGAAUGACGUGUUUUGAAUACGAAAAGACAUCGAAAGUGACGCUACAGUACAAAUUUGGAACUAGAGUUGAAUGGCCACAGUUUCCGUUAGAUAAAAUGAUUCAUACAACUUGCCUAGAUAACCAGCUGAGAAAACCGUUUUCAGUGGCGGUAAAUGGAGCCCAAAUCAAAACCACCAGUUGCCAACUGCCCAGUGACUUUGGAUUCAAAUCUGGUCAUAUCUAUCUUCGGGACUCUAAUUCCAGGGAUUAUUGCAUUGCAUACUAUGAAUCUGGUUUAAGUGGCAAAUUCAUUAUGGUGGAUAUUAACAAAACAGAACCAGUGAACAAGGAACAUAUGUGUUUGUCUUCUGAAGAAUCCAAAGAUGGCAGCAUUCUUGUGGUGACGGCAUCGUUUGCUGAUCGUUCUUACAAUUGUUGGGCAUUUAUGGGAAAGGGACACAAGCAGAGAAUAAUCCAGCUGAGUCUUGAAGACUGCAACGAAGGCAGUCUCGAUUCACUGAUCAAUGGCCAAUAUACACCUAUUAACUCGUUCAUAGUGUUAGAAGAACCUAAAAAUGUAUGUACCUUAAUGAUUGACAUUGCAACAGAACCCGGACCAUUUCGCACUCCCUCGGUUUCAAACCCGCCAUCGCCAUCGAAGCAGACGACCCCACCCAUCUACAGGACGCCAUCUGAGCCCGGGUCAAUUUCUACGGGUGACCCCAAUAGUGGUUCCUGUGCGCAUUCUCGCAUACUUCUUUUGUUGCUGUCCUCUCUCAUUACUUGUACGUGUCUCUGAUUUGUAUAUGUGUGCUAAAAUUGCUCAACUGCUGGAGACCAAAGUUAAAGGCACCAUUAUUGUCAAAAGAAAAACUCUGAAGCUACGGUGAUUUUCAAAAGAAAAGCCUUAAGAUAAAGUGAAUGUCCAAAAAAAAGUAUAAAGCUAGAGUGUUUGCCAAAAGAAAAGUUUAAAGCUACCGUGAAUGUCCGACAGAAAAGUCUCAAGUUCAGUUUGUCGAAAGAAAGACUCGGAAAGUGACAUUGGUGCGCAUCCGGAGAGAUAUAUUGGCUUUAUAAUGCUGGACCCUGAGACAAAUUGUUAAGUUAGUUUACAAUUCUAUAUAGUACACUGUAUAUGGAGAAUGAAUAGUAACUGCCUGUGAUAUAUUGUACAAAACUUCAUAGAACUUCACCUCCACUGACUUUAAAUAUAUUUGAAAGAAAUUCCUGUAGAAUUUAAGUCCUAAAAGUAAUUAGUCCUUAUUCCAUGACAUUGAAAUGUA